ACAAAAAAGUUUUCGGGAGAACGACAGGAAAAAAACCCUACACCCCUCCCUCUCUUACUCGAGGGGAGUGCGUGUGAGAGUGCGAGAGAUAGAGAGAGAGAGAGAGUGUGUGUGUGACAGAAUAGAGAACGAGUCUGAAGAAACGAGGAAAAGUUCGCCAAGCAACUCCUUCAACUCCGCGGAUCUUGUGUUUGUUUCUUUCGCUCUUUCACAAACUUGACGCAGAACGGAUCCGUGCGGGAGACGCAGUUCACGCACAGGAGGACAGAAUGACGACUGGAUCUGUGAGCAGAUUGUGUGUGUUUUGGUGUUGUGUGUUUGCUGUCCUGCCCUUAACAACAGCUGAGGAAGCAGAGAAGCCGGCGGCAGGACGACAGUCUCGUCAGGCAGAGGAGGAGGUGCUCGAAGGAGUGUGGGGUGCAUGGAGCGAAUGGGUGGAGUGUUCUCAGAGCUGUGGAGUGGGCGUGUCUGAGAGGCGGAGACAGUGUAUGCCACCUCCGCAAACCCCGCCACAUAUAUAUAACAGACCAUCUUAUCCUCAACCAGGUGUCGGACCCUACUCCUUGUAUCCUGUCAACGAGCCUCCUCCAUAUGGAGCAGGGGGCGCUGAGAGGCCACCUUAUUUCUCCCCGCCUCUCCCAGCCAAUCCGAAUCCUGGAUUACCACUUUACCGAAACGAAGCUGGUGGAGCGGGUCCAGUGCAGUUUGGUCCACCCAAUCAGGACCCGGUUUCAGUCUACCGUUCACCUUCCUCAUCCUCUGCACUUCCCUACGGAAGAGUUCCCGCACGGUCGCCCAAUCACGGCAGAGCUCUAGGCAGUGGGAGCAGGAGGUCAGUUUCCCCCAAUAGGGGCACAGCAUCUAUAAGGAGGUCUAGCUCUUCUAUUCGUCCUGGACAGUUUGGGUACGGCAGGGUGCCGUUCUCUCUUCCCUUACACAGACAAAACCGUCACACGCGACACACACGUCGCCACAACACCACUACCACAGACAGCCUCGAUGCUCUCAAUGUGAACUCCAGCUCACAUGUGGAUAAAACACAGGAAGAACUUGAGCAAAUUAUUCCAGACACUGUUGCUAGAGAACGAAAAGAGCAUGAAAAGAAAAUUGAGGCAGCAGACGUGGAGAGUGAUGCUGCAAGUGAUGGAGAGCCACACAAACGCAUGGAGAGAGUGCGGGAACGCGAGCCAACCGUACAUUCGCAGCCCCUGACCCAAAGACACGUGGCCCGCGACAAACGCGGCGACGGACGCACUUCUCGCCAAGUCCCACACUCCUACACACACACUAUUCACCGGUCACAUACUCCCAGAGAGCCUCCUCCCUACGGCCUCCAGCCUCACACAAACAUAAAUCCUGAGCCCUGGGUCCUGCAGAACGCAGCCCAGCCCUCCAGAAACGAAGCCGAGAGGGAGUGGAGGCCUCCAGCGGCGACCCACAACUACAGAUGCUCUGGACAUGACAGAGAGUACCGCAGGUGCAGCCUACAGGCUUGUCCAGGUGCUCCAGUAAACUCCAGGGCUGAGCAGUGUGCAGCGUUCAACAAUCAAGAGUUUAUGGGACGCGUGUAUGACUGGGAGCCUUUCACAGAAGUGGGUCUGGAGCAGCAGUGUGAGCUGACCUGUCGGCCGGUCGGGUACCGUUUCUAUGUGCGGCAGGCGGAGAGGGUACGAGAUGGAACGCCGUGCGCAAAUAACACACCCAAUGAUGUGUGUGUGGGAGGACGCUGUCUGAGCGAGGGCUGUGAUGGCGUGUUGGGCUCAGGGUUGGUUCGGGAUCGCUGUGGCGUGUGCGGCGGUGGCGACGGCACCUGCGAGAGGGUCACGGGAAGUUUCAUGAACACGAGUGUUCCGCUGGGUUACCACAAAAUCCUGGAUAUCCCGCCCGGAGCCACAGCCAUCAACAUCACGGAGAGACGGGCCAGUCCUAACUAUCUGGCCCUGCGCAGUGGAACGGGUCAGUCUGUGGUUAACGGACGCUGGGCGGUUGAUCCGCCGGGAGAAUAUCAGGCAGGAGGAACGACCUUCCUGUACGGCCGACCCAAAGCUGGGCCUCAAGAGCAGGGAGAAGAGAGAGGAGAAACCCUCACCGCUCCUGGACCCACAACAGCCCAGCUGCAGCUAUACAUUAUUUUCCACAAGCAGAAUCCAGGCAUAGACUACGAAUAUUACAUCCCAGUGGAGAAACGGAGAGACGGAGAAAGAGAAGUACAGUGGGAGAGAGAGCGAGGACGGGCGGCGCUCAGAGAAAUCAGUGGUGUCUCAGGGGCAGUCGAGAACCCUGCUGUAUCUUCUUCUGCCUCCUUGCCACCAUUUUCCUUCCCUUCCUCCUCAUCUUCCUCAUCGUCUUCCUCUGUACCUGAUCGAUGGCCACCAGAGAGGCCCCGUCCACAGAGCUUAGGACCCAAUCGCAACGCUCGGAUUCCUCCAAGAACUGACCUCCCGUUGGACAAUCUGCCUGUGUUUGUGUGGCGAAGAGGCGCGCUGACAGAAUGCACAGCUACCUGUGGAAAAGGCUCUCAGUACAGAGAGAUUGUGUGUGUGAAUCGACACACAGACCAGGAGGUCCAUGAGAGGAGGUGUGACUCCGCAACCAAACCGGUGCCAGAGGAGGAACUGUGCAACAUUCAUCCCUGUCCACCAUUCUGGGAUGCAGGCGCGUGGUCCGAGUGCAGUGUUUCCUGCGGCAGGGGUGUGCAGCAGCGUCACAUACAGUGCAGACAGAGUUUUGGGAAUCGAUCAACCAUGGUUCACCCUCAGCGCUGCACCGGUCUCACCCGACCCAACGCCACGCAGCCCUGCCACCCACGCAUGUGCUCGCACUGGGAGAUCAGCACCAACUGGAGCUCGUGCUCAGUGGAUUGUGGAGUGGGAAAGAGAACCCGGAGCGUGCGCUGCGUCAGUGACCAUGGAAACACUGUGAAUGACAGGGAGUGCAAUGACAGGCUCCGCCCACAGCGCUCUGAGGACUGUCACAUGGGUCCUUGUGUCACUAACUGGUACUUCACAGACUGGACUAACACUUGUUCUGCGACGUGCGGGCCUGGAGUCCAGCGCAGAGAGGUGGUGUGUUUGACCGGUGGAGGCAGGAGAGAAGGAGACGGAGGAGUGGAGUGUGUGGCGGAGAAACCGGCUGAUAUGAAGGCCUGUAAUGGGGGUCCCUGUACACCCACCCAUCUUUGGUACACUGGACCCUGGGGACAGUGUAAUGCAGCGUGUGGAAACGGCACCCAGCGCAGGGACAUCAUCUGCGUGAAGAAGACGGGAAGUGACUUUUCCGUGAGUGCUGCCAGUGAGUGCUCCCACCUGGAGAAACCGUCUCCCGUGCAGCCGUGUGAACUGCAGCCCUGCAAACCACAGUGGUUCACCACCGAAUGGAGCACGUGCUCUCGGUCCUGCGGUGAAGGCAAGCAGACGCGGGAGGUGCGGUGCCUCACGGCUGACAAACAGCACAGCACAGCCUGCGAUCUGGACUCAGAGCCUGCGCAUGAGCGCUCCUGUAACACCAUACCCUGCAGUCCCUUUGAAGACGAGAACUGUAAGGACAGACGGCAUAACUGCGUCACGGUGGUCCAGGCUCGACUUUGCGUCUACUCCUACUAUAAGACCGCCUGCUGCGCGUCCUGCACCCAGAGUGCUCAGCGGGCCAAAAGACAUUAACCCUGCACAAGUCACAGAGAUGUCAGCUUCAGAGAUUCACCAUUAGAGCCAAAACUCAGCCAAUCAGUGAUCGUGUCAUAGUUCUAUCACAGCCAAUCAGAGGCCGUUCAGGUUCAAAAGGAAUUUCAGGAGAGAACUCCAACUUGAACUGAGCUGAGAUCAGGAUCCCUUUGAAGAGAAAGUUUUCAAAUGUUACACAGGCUCACAAAUGAUAGCUCUUUCCCCAUUGAUGAAAAGUCAGUGCUAGGACUGUUUAGUACACUAUCCUGUCAAAUACUCAACCAUUCCUUAAAUGAUCUUUAAACAAAUGCACUGAUGUCGCAGGUCCACAAUCUGGACACGUAUAUGAAGAUAUCGGGGAACAAUUCUAGAAGUUGCAUUGUGCUUUUUUUCAUCACACAUGAAGAGUUUCAUAAUGGUUUCUGUUCGCUUUAAGUCAGUGGAAACAGAAUUUGAACUAGUAUUCCGUCUCAUUUAUUCGGUUUAUGAGUUGUGCGACCAAAGAAUGAUAAGACACGCAGAUAAAGGAUGCGUCCGUCACAUGUAAUUAUGUUGCAUUAGCACUAAAAACGUACUGUUUUUGUUAGUAAGUAAAAAAGAGAAAUUUUUUUCCGAUUUAAAUCAUGAACAUGCAUUGUAAUUACAUAAUUAUUGCAUACAAACUUGAGCAGCGAUACAUGCUGAUGUAAACAUUGAUUGUCCCCUCAAACACAGUCCCUUUGGUCUUGUCUCAGUCCUCUAAAUGGUCCUUAAGGACAUAAAUACUACAGCAUAAGUGCUUAUGACUGUCUAAAAAUAGCACAUUUAGUGCUGGCAGUCAGUCCUGCAGAUGGUAUGUGAGAGCAGUGUGAACAGAAAUCUGGAAAUCUACUAUGAA